ACAAUGGUUUUCUUGUUUAUAUACAGUCCAAUACCAUAAUCGCCGCUGUCUGUUGGUUUCUUCGCCGGGAAAUUGCGGCGUCGGUCGGUGAUUUGUACAACCGGUGAAUUGCCUUUCAAGAAGUCACGGGCUACCCGGCCAGGUAUAUUCUUUACUGGAUUUUACCGAUACGACACCUUUUGGUAUCUGUCGAGGUUUUUUUUUAAUAGCUGUGGCACGAGAUCUGGUAAUUUUUGGUUAGAUAGGUCGGGAGGGAGAGAUUUUGAGUUUUCAAACUCUGUUUCUUCCUUUUUGAUUCUAUUGGUGAAUUUGUGAUGUAUUUGAAAGGAAUUUCGGAAAUUUGGGGGUUUUUGUUGUAGUGUUGGCGUACAUGGACGAGCGUAUGAGAUCUGGCGAUCCUCCGGGAAUUGUGGUUAAGAAUAGGAACUCCUCCGGUUGUUUGAUCGUGAGAAAGAAGGGUAGUGAUGGAGUGGGCGGUGCUGUUGCCUCGGGUUCCAGGAGGAGUUUACAGUUGAAGAAGGAGAAGAAGAGGCCUAGGUUGGUUUUGAGCGGUUCUGGGUCUAGUGAUGAGCUUUUAGUGCCUCCUCGUAGAAGGGUUGCCCCUGAAACAAUUCGGGUCUGUAAUGGUUUGAGUGUUUCUGAGAAAGGUAUUUUGGAGGAGAGUCAAAUUGGUAGAAAGAGGGACAGGGAGGAGUAUUCUAGGCUUAACGAGAUUGGUACGAAUGGUGAGGGGCAGAGUGAAAGGAAGAAUGAUAGGUUAGAUGUAUUUGAGUUUGAUGAAUAUGAUGGGAUUGAUGUGGAGAGUGUGAGGAGGAAGUGUUUCAAUGAUGUUGGAGCAGAAGUUGGGGGCAGAAAGUUUUUGGAGUCAAUGCCUAUAGGUCGAAGUGGCAUUCAGAGGGAAUAUAUGACAGGUUCCAGCGGGCAAUAUUCUGAGAAGAGGAAAAAUUGUUAUUAUGAGAGGACAAGUGGCUUUAGUCAAGGAGAUCGUGUUGAUAGGAUUAGGUUGUCCAUGGAUAGGGAAGAAGCUCGGCGACCUACAUCCUUAUUACAUGAUAAGUACUUGGGUGAUUCAGAUGAACCCAUCAGGGUCCAGGGAAAAAAUGGUGUUUUGAAGGUGAUGGUAAACAAGAACAAGAAGGUUGGUAGGUCCCUGAGCAAUUAUGAUCAACUUGAAGCUGAGGGAAACUGGAGGGGUUCGAAGACGAAUGAUACCGUAAACAGGAAUGUUAUGACGCAUCCCUCAUAUUCUAGUGAAUCGAGAAGUCGUGAGAAACCUGGUUCAUUCAUUAGGACUCAAGAAAAUCAGUUAAAUUCACGAAAAUCAUUUUCAACUAGAAAGACUGAGGAACAUGACUCAAGUUCAGAGGACAGUGAUACCUCGUUGAAGCCCAGCUCAAAGAAUGUGCAGGCUCGUAAUUCUACGAAGAGAUUUUUAGCAGCAAAGAAUGGGGUCAUUCAUCAGGAUUUAAAGGAUGAUGAUAUGACACCAAUGCUGGUAUCAAAGAAUGUUGAAUCUCGUAAUUAUAAAAGGAGACUAUCAACUAAAAAUGAUAGAGGUGCCCAUUUAGAAUCAGAAGCCAGCAAUAUGUCCCUGAAGGUGGGAUCGAAGAAGGUGGAAUAUUGUAAUAUGAAGAAAUCGGCAAUGACUAAAUACAACAAGGGUGCUGACACAGAUUCGGAGGACAGUGAUACAUCUCCGAAGAUGGGACCAAAAAGCGUUGAAGCUCAUUAUUCUACAAGGAGGUUGACUUCUGGAGGUGAAAAAACACCAUGCAGUAAGCUCGUUCCUUCAAAAGUUGAAGCAGGAAAGGUUAGGCGUGGAAGUGGGACAGAAAAGCAAAAAUUGCGUGAACAGAUAAGGGCGAUGCUUCUGAAUGCUGGAUGGACGAUAGAUUAUCGACCUAGAAGGAACAGAGACUACCUAGAUGCAGUUUAUAUUAAUCCCAGUGGAACUGCUUACUGGUCCAUUAUCAAGGCUUACGAUGCACUUCAAAAUCAAUUAAACGAAGAUGACGAAGAGGCCAAACCUACUGGUGAUGGUUCCUCUUUCACCCCAUUGUCAGAAGAGGUGCUCAGCCAAUUGACAAGGAAGACUCGAAAGAAGAUUGAGAAAGAAAUGAAAAAGAAGCAACAAGAAAGCAGCGAGAGCGAGAAUGCAGAGGAUGUUUGUGUGAAAAAGUCUGCAAGCGCCAGGCACAAGGGGGAAAGCAUGGACAGUGGUAGCCAAGAAGAGAAACUAAACUCCUUUAUAAAGCACGGUGGUAAGUCUUCAAAGAGUAGAGUGAGUGAAAAUGGUCGAACCUCAAGCCAUCACUUCUGUGAUGGUGCUGAAAUACCAUUCAUUGAGUCCAGUUCUCAUCAGUUGCAAGGACAAAAAAGUAGAAAACUUGGCAGAUGCACUUUGCGAAUUAGAAAUUCUAACAAGGGGCUUAAUUCAGAAACUGAUGGUUUUAUUCCAUAUAGUGGAAAACGUACACUACUUUCCUGGCUGAUUGAUAUUGGAAGUGUGCAGUUGAGCCAGAAGGUACAGUAUAAGAACCGCAGAAGGACAAAAGUGAUGCUGGAGGGGUGGAUUACGAGAGAUGGUAUCCAUUGUGGUUGUUGUAGUAAGAUCCUCACAGUAUCAAAGUUUGAGAUACAUGCUGGAAGCAAAUUACGCCAGCCAUUUCAGAACAUAUACUUGGACUCAGGAAUGUCCUUACUGCAGUGUCAGAUUGAUGCAUGGGUUAAGCAAGAGAAGUCUGAGCGGAUUGGGUUCAACCCUGUAGACAUUGAUGGUGAUGACCCAAAUGAUGAUACUUGUGGCCUCUGCGGAGAUGGUGGGGAUCUGAUCUGUUGUGAUGGCUGCCCUUCAACAUUUCACCAGAUCUGCUUAGAUAUUCAGAUGCUUCCCCCAGGUGAUUGGUACUGUCCAUAUUGUGCAUGCAAAUUUUGUGGGAAAGGCAGUGAUGAUAUUGGUCAAGAAAAUGAUUCAAGUGUUCAUGCACUUCUCAGCUGCACUCUUUGCGAGAAGAAGUAUCACCAAUCAUGCACACUGGAUAUCCCUCUUUCUGUCGAUUCCAAUAGUUCGUUUACUUAUUUUUGCGGGCAGAAAUGCAUAGAGCUCUCUGAGCAGAUCCAGAAGUAUCUUGGGGUUGAACUGGAAGAAGGAUAUUCAUGGUCACUCAUUCAUAGAAUGGAUACAGGUUCAGAUGCAUCAUCCCGUGAGCUUCCUCAAAGAGUGGAAUGCAAUUCCAAGCUAGCUGUUGCACUGACAGUUAUGGAAGAAUGUUUUUUGCCCAUUAUUGACCGGAGAAGUGGAAUCAAUUUACUGCAUAAUGUUCUUUAUAACUGCGGGUCGAAUUUCAACCGGCUGAACUAUGGUGGAUUCUACACUGCAAUUCUGGAGAGGGGUGAUGAAAUUAUAUCUGCUGCAACUAUCAGGUUCCACGGCACUCAGUUGACGGAGAUGCCAUUUAUUGGAACACGCCAUAUAUAUAGGCGUCAAGGGAUGUGCCGUCGCCUAUUUUGCGCCAUUGAAGCGGCUCUCCGUUCUCUCAAAGUUGAGAAAAUGAUUAUCCCUGCAAUUUCGGAGCUUACACAUACAUGGACGGGAGUUUUUGGUUUUACUCCUCUUGAGGACUCACUUAAGCAAGAAUUGAGGUCCAUGAAUGUGCUGGUUUUCCCUGGUAUAGACAUGUUGCAGAAGCUCCUCCAGCGAGAGAAUAGUGAAGAGGAUGUUUCAAUAAGUGCAAAGCAAAUGGAGAUCAUAGGCAAGCAUUUUAUUCCGUUUGUUGUUGACAAUAAAUCUGAUGUGGAUGCCUCUGUUGGGCAUGAUAGUCUUGAGUGCGACGAUGGUCACUUGCGAGAUGCCAAAGUGAUCAAUGAUAGAGUGACUGCUGCAUAUUCUGAUUCUCAAGGCCCAGGUGUUUCCUUAAGCAAUGCUUCUGAGAAGAGUAAUUCCCUGGAUGCUUCUCAUGAACCUAAAAUUCCAGUUUCACUUGAAGGGACAUUUACUGAUUCUGAAUCAGGAGAUAAGGUAGCCGAAUCUGUUUUGGAUGGGAAAUGCCACCCAAUAUCUGUUAUGAGUUACAACAUGGAAGAGAUGGAAAAUAAAUCCAUAUUGAAUUCUUCUAUUAAAUUUGGUACUCCCUCCUCUAAAGAGAGUGGUGCAACUGUUAUGGUCUCUGAUUCGCAGUGUCAAAGUGUUUCCUUGAGUGAUACUCCUUUGGUAAGUAGUUCAAUGGAUGCUUCCUAUGAAGGUGGAAUUCCAGUUUCACUAGAGGGUGCUGUAAGUGCUGAUUCUGAAUCAGGAGACAAGUUGGCGGAAUCUGCUUCCAACAAGGAAGGUGUCAUCUCUGAUGCAAGUCCCAGGCCUGGUGCACUAGAGAUAAAAGGGCAGCAAGUAUUGCUUCCUCACAACGGAGAGAAUGCUCAGUCGUGUGAAAAAGAUAAUGCGGAGGAUGGCCAUGCACUGCAUGCUAAUGUUGCCAAAUCUCAUGAACUAACAAUACCAGUUUUGCUUGACGAGACUUUAUGUGCUGAUUCCAAAUCAGGAGACAAAUCAUCUAUAUAUGCAUCCAGCACGGAAGAUAAAACUUUCUCAGAUAUGAGUCCCCAUGCUCUGGAGAUGAAAAACGAGCCAGCAUUGAAUUCUUCUGUCGAAGAUGAUGCUCAGGAUUGUAAUGAAGGCAACAUGGAUGAUGAACCUGAAUUAAAUGGAUUCACAGCACAGCAGAGACUGGAAAUUCGUCAACUUUAAAUUCUUCUGUUGAGAAUGAAACUCGGCCUUGUAAUAACGGUGUUGUUGUCAAUGCCAAUUCAUUAAAUUUUAAGUUGGAAAAUCUUAAACCAGCUUCUUCUAUGGACGAGAUGGUUGCAGAGAGCACCAAUUUGCAGAAUGAUGGAAUUCUUCAUGUAUCUGUUUCUACUCUAAGUGUGGCGGAAGAUAUGUCCAUGCAGAUUAACUGUGAGAAAGGGAGCAAGUUACAUAUGGCUUCAUACACCUGAUGAUAGCUUCAGAACUGGUGUUUGUGUUGGCAAAUAUGAGUGUGUCUGGCUGGUAAAUGACUUUUUUCAGGCUCCGGUGCUGAUUUAUUGUCUUGACUCUUGAUUCGAAAGUAAUCUGCUGCAAUA